AUGGUGGGCUGCGCGGCUGCCUUGCAGUUGCGUCAAGUUCGUGCAGCAGCCCCUGCAAUUCCCCGACUCGCCAGCAGCCUGGCAUCUUCCAUCUCGGUAUUUCUCUUCACUCGCUCGAUCUGCGAUGUGAAUCAGAACGCGGGAGAGGGUGUCGGGCAGCCCGGUCAUCUGCCACUCACGGACUUGGCGACACACCAUGCAGGUACGUCAGCGGACACCCCUCCCAUCACCGUCUUCCUUGGUCUUUCUCGCCUGGAAAUCAACAGGAUGCCCGCCUCCAGGUCCUCCGCGCAGCACCCACCACGGGACUCGUGGCUAUCCAACCCAAUGUUCCUCCAGCCCAGUAUUGAGCGAGACGAUGCAGAGAUAGAGGACCUUACCCUAUCCAAUAUGGACGAGGAUCCCCUCAUGUACUUUUUAACACCCGCGCCUUACUCCUGCUCCGGCGAGGAGAGCAUGGAUUUCGAGAUGGAGUUUGAUGCCGGGAUCGAGGACGCCAAACGCCCAACUCAAAUCAUCCGGAGCGUUAGCCCAUCGAGCCUCGAGGGCCUCAGCCGGCCGCCUCCUCGGCCGCCAACACCGCCGCGGUCGCCAGCCACCCCCGACCUGGACUACGAUCUAUCUGGGACACCGGACGAGUAUGAACAGUACGAUUACAUGGAGAGCUCAUGGCCACCGCGCCGCACCAGCUCUGUGAGCUUGCCCCGCCGCCUCAAGGACAAGUUCAAGGUCCACCACCCAAAGCAAGACGCCGGACACUCCGACAGCCUGGUCCCGCCGCCGCCCUCACCGUACCCGCCGCGCACGUCGAGCCGGGGCCGUGCGACCUCCCGAACGACCAGCGGCUCACAGCAGCCCUUCGCGGCUUCGACAACCGGAAGAAGGUCCCGCGCCGCACCGGCCCGCCUCUCGCCGCAUGCGUGGCGCGAGCCGAGCCCGGACGUAUGGGCGAUCGAGGAGGAGCCCGAGGCGGAGCUGCACAGCGAGGUGGGGGACGGUAGCUUUUUGGAGGACGCCAGGGCUGGAAGCGCUAGCCCGGUAGACAUCCCGGCUGCGAAGCCGAAGAAGAGGGUGCGGUUCGUGCUGCCCCCUAUGGAGGAUCGCGGGGCCACGUAUUAA